UUUCCAGAGAGCUGCCAUCGCACUCGUUCUCCUCAGCCUCCUCUUCGCUCCCUCUCCCCGCUCUCUCUGGCCCUAUGUCUCGCUGGCUUUUCCCCUGGUCAGGCUCCAUCAAGAAGCGGGCCUGUCGGUACCUCUUGCAGCACUACCUAGGUCACUUUCUGCAGGAGCGACUGAGCCUGGAGCAGCUGGGCUUGGACUUGUACAACGGCAACGGGGUCAUCAAGGACAUCAACCUCGAUGUGUGGGCGGUCAACGAACUUCUUGAGUCUCUUGGGGCUCCCCUGGAGAUAGUGGAUGGUUUUGUGAGCAGCAUAACCGUGACCAUCCCUUGGCAAGCUCUCCUGACUGAUCAUUGCACCUUAGAAGUUUCUGGUCUUCAGAUAACAUGUCGACCCAAGUACAGAACCAAUGGGAGUUGGGACUCACAGGGCUGGUCGUCCAGUAUGACCUCCAGCAUGCAGCUGGCUCAGGAGUGCCUAAAGGACCCUCCGGAGGCGUCCGAGGAGCCGCCUGCCCCACUGGAGGGUCUGGAGAUGUUUGCACAGACUAUCGAGACAGUUCUCCGUCGUAUCAAAGUCACUUUUGUAGACACCAUCGUCCGCAUCGAGCACCAGCCUCCAGACCUGAAAACAGGCGUUGCCUUAGAAGUGCACAUUGAACGGCUGCAAUAUUUUGACGAAGCAGUGAGAGAUCCAGCCAGCCAGACUGCCGUGCCUGUCGACAUCCACCAGCCGCCCGCCUUUCUGCACAAGAUCCUCCAGCUGAGCGCCGUUCAGCUGUUCUACGACAGCACGGGCGUAGUGCAGGGUCAGCAUGAAGAGGAACAACCAAAUUCAGCUACAGCCAGUGAAGGAGAAGAAGAAGAAGAAGACAAUGAGAAAGAAGAGGAAGAACCCAAGUCCUUGAAAAGCACUUCUUGUCCUCCAUCUCAGCCCCUGCUCAUAGGACGCUGCUCCGGUUCCAUUGAAACCAUCUUCAAGAUCAAACAGAACGACAUGCUGCCGGGACCAAAGUUGGAGUUGGAAGGGAAGGUGGGCUGUGUCCACCUGCUGCUGUCUCCAGAUCAAAUAACCCAUCUAACAGACCUUCUGGCUGCCCUAUGCAUAGAUACUGAGCCAGAGGCAAAGUGUGGUGGAGUAAACAGCCGUCCUUUAGACUCGGAUGACUUUCGGAUGAUUGAGGAAGACCUGAGUAAGCAGCUGGGAUCCAGUCCCAAAGACAGGGAGUGGGAAACUGAGCCGGACUUGGAGCCCUACAUCUCCGCUCUGGAGAACGGAGAAAUGUUUUACUCCAUGGGCCCUGCUGGAAUGAAUAGCAGCGUGACGUCUGUUCGCUCCGGCAGCGAGCUGUCGGACAGCGACAUGGAGUCCUCCACCCACAGUCUGACCAGCCUCACACAUCCGGCAGCACAGGGCUUGGUGAGCUGUCCCAGGAGAUAUCCUGUCGCUGGCUGCCUGUCCAGUUUACCCCAGACUAGGACACGAGGGCGUUCACACAGCGGUCAGGUGGAGCAGCUGAAACCUGAUGCCUUGUCGCGACUGACCAUCGGCGGGAUCACGCUGACCAUGCUGCAGGAAAACCCAUCCUCUGAUUCUGACAGAGCGUCAUCAUUGGCUCAGGUGUCUCAGGAGUUCUUCAAAAAGUUGGCUUUCUUCAAGAACAGCAUGUUCAGCGACAAAAACUUCAACAAUUUGAGAAGCAUCUUCGCCGAAGCCUGCCCACUCUCCCACUUCAGACUGACGGGGGCAGCAGUGCAGGUUGUGUGCGAGAUGCGCAGUGGGAGACGCCGCUGCCGGGCUGUGACCUCUGACCUUUCUUUCAGCAGACUGGAACUGUUGGAGUGCCUCUGGGAGGAUGAAAAGCAUCAGUACUGUGAGUUACUUCAGUUCCAAAAAGCUGGUUUGUUUACAGUUGGAGCUGCAGCCAGACCGUGUGCCCAGCUACACUACAGCCUCACUGAAAAACUCCUGCACAAAGGUAAACAGCGUGUGCUGCGGCGGGACAGCGUUGUACGGGUGGAACUGGCAGAGCUCAGCGCCGAGCUGGACCUGGACAUCUUGAGCCGCCUGGGAAGCCUCAGUCAAGCCUUCAGCUACUGUCCUACGCAAAGUACUGGAUCAGAUCUCAUACAGACCCAGAGCACUGAGCUCAGCUCUUCCUUCACCCUGCUUUCCCCCAACGCCAUACUGAGGCUUCGUUUUCCCAUCCCAGACCUGCGGCCUCCCCCUAAGCGAAGGCCACCGACCCAGAGAGCAGUCAGGGAGGAGACCUUGGUGCUGGAGCUGACUGAGCUGGAGCUGAGGCACCAGGAGGCCCCAGACCUCCAGAGCGAGCAGGCCGCUCCAGGGCAGCCCUGGACUCCCAGUCUCACGCAGCUACUGGAGGCUUCUUUCACCGAUUUGCACGGGUCAUAUGAGGGCUGGGAGGGAGGCUCCUUCCCCUGUAUCAAAGUAAAGAGAAACCGUGACUCUCUACCGAGGAUAUCAGUUCGUGUACGUGGAGGUGAAGCUCAGGGCCCAUCAGCAGGUCUGAGUGGGAUGAACCUGGGCUUCGUGAAAGACCUGGGGGCCACCUUUUUUGAAAGUCACUGUGAAUUCACUGAGAAGACCAGCUCCCCGUUUUCUUCCAAUCGCACCAUGUUUGAGACUGAGGAGAUGGUGAUUCCAGCCGAUCGAGAGGAGAUGCUUCAGUUUCAGGACCAGUGUGUUGUUCAGAGUCAAUGUGCUGUGGAUAUAAACCUGCCGCUGGCGUACGUCCUGCUGCCCAGCAAACAGGCUUUCCAGAGCAUCUACAACAGGAUCAAUAACGAUCUCCUGAUGUGGGAGCCGCCUCCCCCUCCUCCUCCCUCAACCCACAGCCCUGACCAGAGCCGCCAGAACCAUGACGAGUUCCAGCUGUGCAAAUCAGCCUUUAGACUGGACUCCGAUUCAGAAGAAGAUGAUCCUCAGUUUUAUUUGGCCAGUGAUUCAUCUGGAAGGAAGCAGCAGUUGGCUCCUCUCCCCAGCCACAACCUCAGCGUCCUUUCUCUCACUGUGAUUAUUGGGAAGGGGCGCCUUCAAGCCAGAACUGACAAGAAGGAGGACCAAACCCAUGGAGAAAUUGUGCUUGACCUGGAAGGGGGGAAGAUGUUUAGUGUGACACAACAUCAAAAUAAUCCCAAUCUCAAUUUCUUGUGUUUGGAGAGCAAACGAGUGGAACUUUACCAUCAAGCUGUGGUGAAAGACUCCCCCAUCCUACAGCGGUUGGACAUGCCUAGCUUCACUGCACCAAAGCACUUGGACCCCACCAUCUACCCCACAGAGGUGGGGGUGAGCAAUGUGAGCGGGAGGGAAGGGGAGCAGCAGAUGUUGUCCACAGCCAUAAAAAUCACUCUGGACCUCAAGAGAAACGUCAAGGAGUUCCUUGUUGCGCUUCAACUUCAAGGCGCCACCAUUCGACAUCACGUGACGCAGACCGACCAGAGCUGGCAUGAGCAGCUGGUUGACUUUCUGGAUGUAAUUGAUGAUCCCAUUCUGGGAUACUCACCACCAGCUAUCAUCACUGUCCUCCACACACACCUCGCUACUUGUGCCAUAGACUACAGGCCUUUGUAUUUGCCUCUACGAGUCUUGUUCACGGCAGAGUCAUUUUCGCUCUCCACUAACAUCAUCGUAGACACUGCCACCUUCCACCUCAGAUUUAUUCUGGAUGAUUCUGCUCUCUACCUCUCUGACAAAUGUGUGUCUGACACAGUGGACCUGAGGAGAGAUUAUGUGUGCGUUCUGGACAUCGACCUGUUGGAGCUCGCCAUCACCACAUGGAAAGGCGGUGAUUCUGUCAAACUGUCUCAGCCUCUCUUCGAGCUCCGCUGCUCCAACAACGUGGUCCACCUCCAUACCUGCGCUGAUUCUUGUGCCGCCCUCGUCAAUCUGUUGCAAUAUCUGGUUUCCCAGGGGGACUUGCAUCCCCCGCCUUGUCACACCUCACCCACUGAAAUCGCUGGCCAGAAAUUACCAUUAUCAGAAAGUCCUGCAUCUUUGCCGCCUUGCCUUCCUGCUGAAACCGCAGAGAUAAACCAGUAUGACCUGGCUGAUGCCUUAAUCGACACAGAGAAGAGCCACAGUGAAGACAUUACUGAAGCAGGUUUGCCAUCAGUGUCGAGAGGCUCCCCUGUCUCUGUCUACUUGUUCCCUGGUGAAGCCUCGAAGCACAGCCUGGCUGGCCUGCAGAGAGAGGACUCUGAACUGGACGGUCUGGUUUCCACGGCAAUGGAGGCGCAGGCCGACAUGAUGCUGGAUGAAGGCUCAGACGGCUCCACUGACAACGAUGACUUCUGCAUCUUGGAGGCGCCCGGCAUGGGCAUACCUCCCAGAGACGGGGAGCCCGUGGUCACCGUGCUUUCCCAGGGGCCCAUCAAGGUGAAGGACAGUCACUUCUCCAGGCCUCGAGGCAGCUCAGACCUGCUCCGAGCUCCGAACGGUUUCCCGGUCCCACACAGCAGGGUGGUGCUGAGGGAGAUCUCUGUGGUGUGGCAUCUCUACGGGGGGAAGGACUUUGGUGGAAAGUCGAUGUCCAUCCACCCUCAGAGCGCAAACAAGGGUCGUUCCAUCCCUGCUGGUGUUCGUGGGUCUCCGUCUCGCACAGUCGCCUCCUCUCGUCCACAGAACUCGUGGCGUUGGGCUGGAGGCAGUGGCCGUCAGCACACGCUGCUGAUGGAAAUCCAGCUCUCCAAGGUGUCCUUUCAGCAUGAGUCGUACCCAGUAGCAGGGCAGGAUGGGGAUGGCUCAGCGGCCACUGUUACUGGGGUCCUUCCCAAUGGCGAGCAGCCCCUUUCCAGGCAGGUUUUCAUUGUCCAGGAGCUGGAAGUUCGAGACAGACUGGCCUCUUCCCAAAUCAACAAAUUCCUCUACCUCUACACGAGCGAGAGCAUGCCUCGGCGAGCUCACUCCAAUAUGCUGACUGUGAAGGCCCUGCAAGUAUUACCAGAGUCUGGUCUCGGUGGUCCCGAGUGUUGUCUGCGGGUCAGUCUGCUGCCUCUACGGCUCAACAUCGAUCAGGAUGCACUGUUUUUCUUGAAGGACUUUUUUAGUAAUCUGGCUUCCUCUGUUAACCCUUACCUGCCUGUGGACUUGGCAGCUGAAGUGAGGGCAGAUUCCUCCCAGAAAGGGUCUGAGGAGGCAGAUCCAGCUGCUGGUCUGGGACCUGACCUCUCUGCUUCAGUGGAAACUACAAACAGUGAGCAGAGCUCUUCCUCUGUCGGCUCCUCAUCUUCCUCCGACCAGCCAAUCUAUUUUCGGGAAUUUCGUUUUACUUCUGAAGUGCCUAUCUGGCUGGACUACCAUGGCAAACACGUCGUCAUUGAGCAGGGAACGUUUGCAGGGAUUCUGAUCGGUCUGGCUCAGUUAAACUGUUCUGAGCUGAAGCUGAAGAGGCUCUGCUGCAGACAUGGUCUUCUCGGUGUAGACAAAGUGAUUCAGUACGCCGUCACAGAGUGGCUGACUGACAUCAGGAAGAAUCAGCUGCCAGGCAUUCUGGGCGGUGUCGGUCCCAUGCAUUCAGUUGUUCAGCUUUUCCACGGGGUGAGGGAUCUGUUCUGGCUCCCCAUAGAACAGUACAGGAAGGAUGGACGCAUUAUUCGGGGUCUCCAGAGGGGGGCAGCAUCCUUUGGCACCUCUACUGCAUCAGCUGCUCUUGAACUUAGCAACAGGCUGGUGCAGGCCAUCCAGGCUACAGCAGAGACCGUGUACGACAUCUUGUCUCCCACACCUCCCCUGAGUCGCUACGCCAUCACCGAAGGCCGGGCCCCUUCCAGCAGGCCCCGUAGAGCUGCUCAACCCGCAGACCUCCGGGAAGGAGUGGCCAAGGCCUACGACACCGUCAGAGAGGGAGUGAUCGACACGGCUCAGACCUUGUGCGAUGUAGCAUCUCGUGGCCACGAGCAGAAAGGUCUCCCUGGCGCUGUGGGCGGCGUCCUGCGACAGAUCCCACCCACCGUAGUCAGACCUUUGAUCGUAGCUUCCGAAGCGACCUCCAACCUGCUUGGUGGCAUGCGGAACCAGAUCAAACCAGACGCGCGGAAAGAGGAUUUCCUCAAGUGGCGCACGGAGGACACACAGGAUUGAGGACAGUGUUUUGAUUGUGUGCACGUGAGAAUGACUGGAUGUGUGUGACUGUCGUGGGAACGUUUCAGCAGUGAGAAUCCUGGUGUUGAUGUGGAUUUGCACGAGUGUGUGUAUGUGUGUGUGCUCUAAUGCAAAAACCAACGCAAAGACUAACUAGUACUGCAGUUACUGACAGUGUUUUACGUUGCUUCACCAACUGAAACAUGAACAUUUUUUAUGCUGUUCACCAGAUCUGUCCUCGUUUUAUUCCCCUCAUUCUACAGAUUCUUCCUGUUUGUGUUCACACAUCACAGUUUUCUUUCAGCCAAACCAGAAGCAGUCAGGACGUUCACAGGACCCACAUUGUCUACACGUCAUACUUUGCAUAUCA